CAAAAUUGUAAAAAAUUGUUUAUAUUUUCAUCUCUUCAUCGUAAUUUGUUGUUUUGUUUUACAAAGUGUUUGAAAAAUAUUCUAAAAAUAGAUAAUUAAUAUCAUUGUACGUGCAUAUAAUUAUGUUAAUAUGAAUUCAUUGCGUGACAGCUUAGCUAGUAUACCGGGUGCGGUUACAAAUUUUAUCAGUGAUACUGCAUCGGUAGCUUCCAGCUAUAUUCCGAUAGGCGUAGGAUUUCAUGGUCAAAAUGAUUCCAUGUCUACGGGUUCUACAACGGAAUCUCUAAACAGUUUCAAUGAAAUGGAUAGCAGCUCUACGGGGGCGGUUCUAAUAAGUGAAAAAUCCUUACCCAUACCAGCCUCAUUGGUCAAGGAACAAUGGCGUUUAAUAUUUACAUCCGAUGCUAGUGAACAAGAUCUGAUGGAAGCCAUUAAUCAUUGCAAAGAUUUAGUUUUAAUAUCUGAGGAAAAUACUGAAGAACGCCGUUGGUUGGUUAGGCAUUUGGUAGAUUUAAGGUAUUCAUUGGAAGAGUUGUUGGAAGCUAAAAAUGAUAAAGUGGAAGUGGGCCCCUCUGUCAAAACUGUAGUUGGUCAUCAUUUUACUGCGCGCCAGAAAGGUGUUGGCAAAGGCAUACCAUUACCUACUGCUCGUAACUAUUGUGAUCAUUGCACGGGUAUCAUUUGGAGUGUAGUUCAGGCUUCCUAUCUGUGUACCGAUUGUCGCUAUAUGGUGCAUCAAAAAUGUCUAGAUAGUGUGGUGAGAGUAUGUGCUCAUGUUAUAGCCUCCGAAAGGCAAUAUCCUAUUUUAGAUAUUUGUCCAGAAAUUGGUUUGGCGGCCCAACGUUAUAAGUGUUCGGAAUGUAACACCUUAUUAAACUUUACUCCCAACUACACCACACAAUGUUUUGGCAAAAGAACCAAACAUGAAAAUUCCUGGAUUGAACCACGUUUGUGUGAUUAUACCGGUUUAUACUUUUGUCCUUCGUGUCAUUGGAACGAUGUGUGCAUUAUUCCAGCUCGUGUUGUUCACAAUUGGGAUUUUGUUCCUCGCAAAGUAUCUCGUUCAGCUUUACAGGAAAUUAAUUUGUUUCUCGAUAAACCUCUAAUAAGACUUGAAGACGCUAAUCCCAAGUUAUUUGUUUUUCUGGAGAAAUUGGCCUCACUAAAAAAGUUACGCCAAAAUUUGGUAUUUAUGCGGAAAUAUUUGUCGGAAUGUCGCCAGGCAGUUGAUGACAAAUUAUUGGAAACACAAAUUGGUUUCCGUCGCCAUCUUAUACAAUCUAAUGAAUUUUAUUCGAUUAAUGAUUUGGAACAGACUGAAAAUGGCGCACUGGCUGAAAUUUUACAUAAAGUUUUUAACUGUUUCGACAAACACAUACGCAAUUGUUCGAUGUGUACUGCCAAGGCGUAUAUCUGUGAGAUUUGCAGUAAUAACGAGGUGAUAUUUCCAUUCGAUGAUGGCUGUAUUAUAUGUGAUAAAUGUAAUUCGAUAUAUCAUCGUGUUUGUAUGACACGUAAAAAUAUGAUUUGCCCUAAAUGCGUACGGGUUCAGGAGAGACGCUUGCAAAGAGAAUUAAUUAUGGAAAAACAUAAAACUUCCAAUGAUGCAGUAGAAAGUGACGAUAAUGACGAGGAUUGAGAGUGCAAUUAAUAAUAAUCAUAAUAUUUUAUGUAAUUUUAAUGGUAAACAUGUACUAAUUUUAGGUUUAAAAGUGACUAUGUAUAUACAAUUUUAUUUUUAAUAAAUAAAGAUAUAUUUUAUUAAAAAAA